UCAUCAUCCACCAUGCCUGAUGACUCCACGGAGAACCAGAGCUCUACCUCAGCUAGGGUAUCCUCCUUCUUCAUCGAGAAUCUCCUGGGCACCGAGGCGAAAGAAGAAAAGAAGCGUGCCAGCGCGGAGGACCGGCUCCCAGUGCAACCAAAUGGAGUGCCAGGGAGCCAUCUGAGCUCUGUAUGCUGCCACCUCUCCCCCUACAACUACAACACCCAGCAUGGCACCUUCCCACUGCGAGAGAACACCAUGGAGUGGUACAGGAGAGCCCAGGCCACCUACGUAGGGUGUACCAGCCCGGAAACAAGUGACAGAGAUUCUCCAGAGAUCUCAGAAGGUGCAGAGAGACACUACAGUAGAGGAUACAGGAAACACAGCAGUGAUGCCUCUGAAGACAAGAGAGAGGACUUCCCCUGCAAGGAGGAGGAGAAAGCUGAGCAGGACUCAGAGCAGAGGUCAUCCCGCAAGAAGAAGACCCGCACUGUGUUCAGCAGAAGCCAGGUCUUUCAACUGGAGUCCACCUUUGACAUGAAGAGGUACUUGAGCAGCUCUGAACGAGCCGGUCUGGCGGCCUCCCUCCAUCUCACAGAGACACAAGUGAAAAUCUGGUUUCAGAACCGCAGGAACAAAUGGAAAAGGCAGCUGGCCGCCGACUUGGAGGCUGCCAAUAUCUCCCACACCACCCAAAGGAUAGUCAGGGUGCCCAUACUGUACCAUGAGAACUCUCCUGCCACUUCCUUGGGUUUCAGCUUGCCACACAUCUCCCCUCCCUUGGUAGGCUUCUCCAGUUCUGUCAACUAUCCCCUGGCCACCUUCCCAAACUCAGUACCCUUUAUAAGAUCACAGAUGACCGGACUGGUCUGAGAACUUUGCAUCCCUGAUGGGACUUUUUCUUUGCCUACCUGUUUUGUAUGAACUGCAUAUCGCUACUUACAGCCUACUUGAUUUUCUUGCAUUUCAACUGAAAACGU